AUGGCUCCUAUCUAUGGAUUCUCCGACAAGACUCACCAGUUGCUUCCGAAUGCGCAGCGUGUUUCCAAAGUCCAACGCUUCUCCAAACUUGCACAAAAAUACUCCCACCCAAGCAAUAGUGAUUGUCCGCGAACCGUGCUUUCUCACUCACCUAUAGCUGGGACCUUCAAGUCUGGUCUAACCCCUUUACCCUUGUCAGCUACAGGAUGGACACAGGACCAACGUCUGAUACACAAUUACCAGAAGCGACGGUUAGUUGGCUUCAGCUCCAGCGAUAUGGAAAAGUUGGGCGCGCUUGCGGCAAUACCAAACGAAAGAUUUGGCGAUGAUAGCUCGCUGGAAGCUGUUACGGCGGUAAUGAGAGUAGACGACGGUGCUAUGAGCUGGUUGGAUAAUCCAAUCCAUCCGAUGUAUGAUAGAGAGAGAUGGGUAAAGUUGUCCGAAAUGCCGCUGCAUUCUGCGCCUAUACCUGUCAGAGGCGAUGCUGAAGGGUACUGGUUGGCCGAGAAUCCACAUGUUUGGGAUAUUCUGGUACCUUGCUUACGACUCGCAAGUCAGAUGCUACAGCAUGCACACAUGGUGGGUUGGUGGGAUGGCCUUUUAAACUUGAACUUGAAGCGCAUAACGACCCUCGGAAGAAUUCCUGUUGAUAGGCGCAACUUGCCGCUUUAUACCUUCCAUCCGAGGCCUGGCUUCACACCUCUUGAUCCUGCCAAUAGAAAGGAGUUUCACGAAAAACUCGCCAAAAUAGUGCCCAAAAUCAAGAUUCGUCUCAUCUCUGGAUACGCUGCCAAUGAACCGGGAGUUGUCGACGAAGAAGUAUGCCUGUAUGGAAUAUGCGGUAACAACCUACUUCCGAACACAGGCACCAUAUUCAUAAAUGUAUCUUCCGAACUUUUGCAGGUACUUUCAACAGGUCACCUAAAUUCAGAUGAGAAGAGGCUAGCACGAUUCGAAUUUGCAAAUACACUUAUGCAUGAAACUGCCCAUGCGGUGUGGUACGCCCUGAGAGACGACUUUCAGAAGACGAAAAAGUCCAAAAAGCCAACGCACGGAGAGCCGUACUUCGAGACAGAACCUCUGCAAGAGCUUGGCUUUUCGCUGGAGAAUAAUAUGUGGGGUGGCGAUCCCAAAUCACUUUCAUCAUUCGGUGUCAAUGCAGCUGGCGGUCCCGGUCUGCCUUCACUAGGUAUAUGCAAAUCCAGUUGGUUCCGCGAAUGCAACUCCGGUUAUGACAACAAUGACAAUAUUCCACUUGACCCUCCUGCUCCCGUACCUGGCCAGCCUGAUCUAUAUUACAUAUCAGAUUACUACCCCAUUCCUACAACCUGGUUCAUCGAUUUACAGAAGAAAGAUAAAUGGGAAUAUAUCGUUCGAAAAGUUGGCAUUUCAGCCACACAAAUGGGCCCUACUACUUAUGGCAUGAGAAAUAAGACGAAGAUUAAAGACCCGCGAAAUCUACUGCAGAUUUCAACGCCCUUGACACAGCUCCAAGGCCUAUAUGUUCUUGGCAUGCAACGUGCAGAUAUGACUAGCCUGGAAAUCGCUGCUUUGGAACAGGAAGUUUCCAGAGUAGAGAAAGCGAUCAAAAUUUUGAAUACAGCCAGCAUCACGUUCUUAGCAAUGUAUCCAGAUAACGUUCCUGUACGCGCAACAACCGCACCAGCCAUAGACAGAAGCCUGACAAGGGAGAGAUACCCUUGCGUCAGUAAACGCUAUGAGGAGAUCAGACAGUACUGCCUUAAUAACCGCAAGCCGUUGCAACUGGCUUUUGAUAGUAUGGACUUCGACAUCCCGGAGCCGACAAUGUACAGAUACAUUUUGAACCAAGGCGGCAUCACAAUCAGUCCGACUGAGUUCAGAGACUUUCUCCAUUGUUGUCAAAGCAAAAGGCGAUUAUUCGAAUACCAACCUUUUCCAGGGCCUGGGAUGAUUACCAAAGUUCCCAAUGGCUGGCCAAUAGAGACACCUUAUACAAUUCCUAGUCAACGAUUAGCAAUAGACGGACAAUACUUUGAUGAUGUUCUAGAGACAUUCGAAAAAGAAGGAUUUCGAACGUCAUUGUAUAGGAUCUUCGGGGAAUUUCGCGAUGUGGACAUCGAGUGGCUACGAAAGUUUUUGGGAUUUUGGUUUCCGGGUAGGAUACUGGACAGCGCCGGAUUUAGGGACAUAAUCAAUGACUUAGCGAUAGACAACACGGACAUAUUAACACUUGGUCCCACAGGUAUUGCAAGAUUUAGAUACCCGAUUGCCGCGGCGGAUCGAAAGGCAAAUAUCACGCCGUACACACAGGAUAGACGAAAGAGGAACCCGCCAAGUAAUACUCCUAGUCCUACCACAACUCCCGUGGGUAGUCCUAGCACUACCCCUCUCGGUAGCCCUACCACUACUCUAACUGGUACUCCUAUCGUUUCCGCUCCUAAACCCUAG